UUCUCCCCUCUCACAUGCUCCUGACCACCAAAUCAAUCAAACGCGGACUUCCUCCCUGAGACGCACGCACCGCACCUCACCUCACCGCCCCGCGUCGCGAGAUCUCAAAUCCCCGAUCCGACCCCACCGGCGGCGAUGGCCGGCAAGGAGCUGAGCGAGGAGCAGGUUGCCUCGAUGCGGGAGGCCUUCUCCCUCUUCGACACUGACGGCGACGGCCGCAUCGCCCCCUCGGAGCUCGGCGUCCUCAUGCGCUCCCUGGGUGGGAACCCGACGCAGGCGCAGCUCCGCGACAUCACCGCCCAGGAGAAGCUCACGGCGCCCUUCGACUUCAAGCGAUUCCUCGAACUCAUGCGCGCCCACCUCCGCCCGGAGCCCUUCGACCGCCCGCUCCGCGACGCCUUCCGCGUCCUCGACAAGGACGCGUCGGGCACCGUCUCCGUCGCGGACCUCCGCCACGUCCUCACCUCCAUCGGGGAGAAGCUCGAGCCCCACGAGUUCGACGAGUGGAUCCGCGAGGUCGACGUCGCCGCGGACGGCACCAUCCGCUACGACGACUUCAUCCGCCGCAUCGUCGCCAAGUAGUGGAUUGAUCCGUAUCCCAGCCCGCUCAGACUUCUUCGUAUUUAAUAACUCCUUCUUCGCGUGAUUUUAUUUCGUAUCAUCUGAUCUGAUCUGCUGCGCUUCUGUUUUGUGCUUUGGUUUCGGUGUGGUUCCCCAACUGCCCUAGGGUUUGGAUAAAAAUGGUGUGAUUAUGGAUUAAUGGAUCUGUCCGAUGGUAUUGCAAUGUAAAGUGUGGAUCCUGUUACUUUCUGUGAUUGAUUGAUUGCUUCAUCAGAAACCAGUGAAAUGCGCCAGUUUAUGCAUUGAUGUUAAUACAGCCUAUGAUUUGUUUUUCUUGUAA